ACCCUAAACCCUAACACCUGACGUAGAAGGAGCACGAUCCAGAUCUUCCAAAUCAUUGGCAAAAGGUCGGUGUUUUAGCGCUCCAAGAUUAAAAUGGGUUGGAAAGCAGCUGAGAAGCUUAUCCGGCACUGGAAAGUUCUUAGGGGUGACAAUGUAAUGAUAAUCAGGGGCAAAGAUAAAGGUGAAACUGGCAUUAUCAAACGCGUUAUCCGCUCGCAGAAUCGUAUAAUUGUUGAAGGGAAAAAUCUGGUGAAAAAGCACAUUAAGCAAGGUCCAGGUCAUGAAGGUGGUAUAUUUACUGUUGAGGCUCCACUUCAUGCCUCAAAUGUUCAAGUUCUUGAUCCUGUUACUGGGAAGCCUUGUAAGGUUGGAGUAAAAUACCUAGAAGAUGGAACUAAGGUGAGAGUAUCCAGAGGUAUAGGAGCUUCUGGGUCUAUAAUUCCUCGCCCUGAGAUUCUUAAGUUAAGGACAACACCAAGACCUACAGUUGCUGGCCCCAAGGAUACACCGAUGGACCUCGUGUUGGAGAAGACGUACGAUCCCAAGAGUGGGAAGGGCAUGCCUGACCUUUAAAGUACCUCGAUCUCUCUCAUCGGAGGCAUCAAACAUAUGAAGCUAAGAGGCUAUAGAAUUAUGGUCUAUGGAUCAAGGGCAUUUGCCUAUCAUCAAUAAUACUCUUAUCAGGG